CUCGCAGAGCGCGCGGGACUCGCAGCAGCGGCGGCCGGGCGGCGGCGGACGCCGGGCGGGGAGCAAGCCGAGCCCCGCGCGGGGCCCCCCAUCCCCGGGCCGCGGCGCCGGCUUCCUCGCACGCUCGCCGGCCAGGGGCCGGCUGCGGCUGGCGUCGGCGGCAUCCUCGCCGCCUGCCCCGGCCGGGCCGCGUCCCGGAGCCGUCGGGCAUGGAGCCGUGGAGACAGUGCGCCCAGUGGCUCAUCCACUGCAAGGUGCUGCCCGCCAACCACCGGGUGACCUGGGACUCGGCGCAGGUGUUCGACCUGGCGCAGACCCUCCGCGAUGGGGUCCUUCUCUGCCAGCUGCUCAACAACCUCCGGGCGCGCUCCAUCAACCUGAAGGAGAUCAACCUGAGGCCGCAGAUGUCCCAGUUCCUCUGUUUGAAGAACAUAAGGACAUUCCUCACGGCCUGUUGCGAGACGUUUGGAAUGAGAAAGAGCGAACUCUUUGAGGCAUUUGACCUAUUUGAUGUUCGUGACUUUGGAAAGGUGAUAGAAACAUUAUCACGACUCUCUCGAACACCUAUAGCGUUGGCCACAGGCAUCAGGCCCUUCCCGACAGAGGAAAGUGUCAACGAUGACGACAUCUACAAAGCCCUCCCCGACUUAAUCGACGAAACACACGUGGAGGAUGAGGAGGGUUUCUACGACUGCGUUUAUGGCGAAGACGAGGGCGGGGAAGUCUACGAGGACUUGAUGAAAGCGGAGGAAGCACAUCAGCCUAAAUGUCCAGAAAAUGACAUACGAAGUUGCUGCCUAGCAGAAAUCAAGCAGACGGAAGAAAAAUAUACAGAAACAUUGGAGUCAAUAGAAAAAUAUUUCAUGGCCCCCCUGAAACGCUUCCUGACGGCGGCAGAGUUCGAUUCCGUCUUCAUCAACAUUCCUGAGCUUGUAAAAGUUCAUCGGAACCUAAUGCAAGAAAUUCAUGAUUCCAUUGUAAAUAAAAACGACCAGAAUUUGUAUCAAAUUUUCAUUAACUACAAGGAAAGGCUGGUCAUCUACGGGCAGUACUGCAGCGCAGUGGAGUCGGCCAUCUCGAGUUUGGACAACAUCUCUAAGACAAAAGAAGACGUCAAACUGAAACUAGAGGAAUGUUCCAAAAGAGCCAAUAAUGGGAAAUUCACUCUUCGAGAUUUGCUUGUGGUCCCAAUGCAGCGUGUUUUGAAGUAUCACCUUCUCCUCCAGGAACUGGUCAAGCACACCAUGGAUCCCGUGGAGAAGGCGAAUCUGAAGCUGGCUCUUGAUGCAAUGAAGGACUUGGCACAAUAUGUGAACGAAGUGAAGAGAGAUAAUGAGACCCUCCGUGAAAUUAAGCAGUUUCAGCUCUCUAUAGAAAAUCUGAACCAACCAGUUUUGCUUUUUGGACGGCCGCAGGGAGACGGGGAAAUCCGGAUAACCACUUUGGACAAGCACGCCAAACAGGAAAGGCAUAUCUUCCUGUUUGAUUUGGCAGUGAUUGUUUGUAAAAGAAAAGGCGAUAACUAUGAAAUGAAGGAAAUAAUAGAUCUUCAGCAGUACAAAAUCGCCAACAAUCCUACAACUGAUAAAGAAAACAAAAAGUGGUCUUAUGGCUUCUACCUCAUCCAUACCCAAGGACAAAAUGGGUUAGAAUUUUAUUGCAAAACAAAAGAUUUAAAGAAAAAAUGGCUGGAACAGUUUGAAAUGGCUUUAUCUAACAUAAGGCCAGACCACGCCGACUCCAACUGCCACGAGUUUAAGAUGCACACCUUCGCCCGGGUGACCUCCUGCAGGGCCUGCCGCAUGCUGCUCAGAGGCACGUUUUUCCAAGGCUACCUGUGUGUUAAGUGUGGCGUGAGGGCCCACAAAGAAUGCUUGGGAAGAGUAGACAACUGUAGCAGAGUGAAUUCUGCUGAACCAGGGAUGCUCAAAGCACCGGAGAAACGGACCAAUGGACUGCGAAGAAACCCCAGACAGGUGGAUCCAGGUUUACCAAGGAUGCAGGUCAUCAGGGACUAUGCUGGGAUGCCACCACCUGCUCUUCAUGAAGGGCCCCCGUUGCACCUCCAGGCGGGGGACACAGUUGAACUUCUGCGGGGAGAUGCGCACAGUCUGUUUUGGCAGGGGAGAAACUUAGCAUCUGGAGAGGUCGGGUUUUUUCCAAGUGACUCUGUCAAGCCUUGUCCAUGCGUGCCCAAACCAGUAGAUUAUUCUUGCCAACCUUGGUUCGCAGGAGCUAUGGAGAGAUUGCAGGCGGAGACUGAACUUAUUAAUAGGGUCAACAGUACUUACCUGGUGAGGCACCGGACCAAAGAGUCAGGAGAAUAUGCAAUUAGCAUUAAGUACAAUAAUGAAGCAAAGCACAUCAAGAUUGUAACAAGAGAUGGCUUAUUUCACAUUGCAGAAAAUAGAAAAUUUAAAAGUUUAAUGGAACUUGUGGAGUAUUACAAGCAUCAUUCCCUGAAAGAAGGGUUCAGAACCUUAGAUACGACGCUGCAGUUUCCGUACAAGGAGCCGGAGCGUUCGGCUGGACAGAGGAGUAACAGAGCGGGCAACGGCUUGCUGAGUCCGAAAGUGCUGGGCAUCGCCAUCGCGCGCUAUGACUUCUGCGCACGGGACAUGCGAGAGCUGUCCUUGCUGAAAGGGGACGUGGUGAAGAUCUACACGAAGAUGAGCGGGAACGGCUGGUGGAGAGGGGAAGUGAAUGGCAAGGUGGGCUGGUUCCCAUCCACGUACGUGGAAAUGGAUGAGUAGGCGCCAAUCCGGCGUGGCAGCUGGCACCAGAAAUUCAGAGAAGGGACAAACCAAAGCUCGCGCAGGGCUGUGAAGGAACCGAAGCGUUUCAGAGGCUGCAUUUCUGGCUCGUCCACGUCCUCCCUCCUAAGUCUUAACAUGCGGAUUGAAAAACGCGGGUCCUGACAGGUGAACGUUUUGCACGGACUGGCCAAGAAACAGCCAACCCGCCGGCCAUUGUCAGGAACCAGGGCAACGCCAACAGCGUGUGUUUCCCAAAGACCCCUGCGAACACCUCGGUUCAUCUUGCUUUUUCCGUCCCCGGUCAGACAGCAUGAACGCCCACCACUGGGGAAUGUGUGCCGCGUCUUUCUUCUCACGUGCCAUUCACAGGAUUCCUCCGUGGUACAAAGAAGCAGAGGUUUAACUUUGUCCCCCUUCGAGCACAAAGAACAGCGGGCGCUCCCCCGUUCAGGCAGCCCAGUGGAAGGGUCCACGGGACGCGCCGCAAAUGCUUUUAUUUAAUUAUCCAUUUGAUGUCCUGAUCAUAUUUGCAAACUGCUUUAUAAAAGAACAAAAGAGAGCAGCUUCCGAUGAAAUCUUCACAACCCUGGUAGCUUCCAAGGGUUAAUUUCGAAACAUAGCAUGUGACCCGGUGGCAUCGUCCUGGCCGAGUGUUCCAGGCAGCGGCAAGGACCCAGAGCGAGGGGUCAUUGCUUACAGGAGCAGGUUAGGGCUGUCAUUCCUGCGAGGUCCUUUUAUAGAAGCAGCAUCUAUUAACACAUGCCUUUCCACACCCCUCGCCCCCACCGAAGACCGAGGGCAUAGUUCCUGAAUUUUGUGUUUCCUGUGGUGUCUACAGUAGCACCCGUUUGUUGAGGACUCUGGAAGGAAAGCGCAGCUGGGUCCUUGAUGCGUUUCUGCGACUGCAGGGUCGCUUGGGCGCCCUGGCCUUCCUCCGUGGGGGCCCCUCGCUUCUCGCUGGGGGCUCCCCAUCCGCCAGCCCUUUCCGGGUGUGGUAACCAGGGGAAGGUCCGUUUUUGCAGUGGAUUUGUUUGACCAAACCUUCACUGUUUGGGUGAGGACUGGAAACGUGCUCCCCCGCCCGCCCCUGACAGGUGGAGGCGCUCACGUGGCUCUUUCCCGGAGCGUUACAGGUGGCUGCAAGGUGACAUGCUUUCCAUAGCCGAAGCCAUGUUCUGACUGGGUGCAGAGAGUGUUCCAAAACAAAGCAUUCGAAGCAUUAAGGGAUAGAUUUUGGAUCAUCUCUGAAAUGAGGGAGGUGCCCCCUGCCCGCUCCCCAAGCCACUGAAAUUCCAGAACCUGAUGUCCGGUGGCCACCCCCGCCC